UACCUGAAGGUCUGCGAGGAUCUCGGUGUUUCCCCGGCGUCGUAUUUCCUCAGACAUAUUCAAGACAAAGAAAUGACGAUGAAGUUUCACGGCCUGGGGAAGAACAACACUAAAGCGAUCUGUAUUCCACUUGAAACAAAUACUCAAAUAGAGAAGUUAAAUCUAUCAGGGAAUGGAAUAGAUACUGAUGGAGCUUUAUCUUUAAUCAGAGUUUUAAAAGAAAAUUUCUUUAUAACUGAUCUGGUUUUAGCAGAGAAUAAAAUAGGAUCUGUGGGAGCUAGAGCUGUGUGUGAUUUACUCUUAUCAAAUAGAACUUUAGUCAAUGUUGAUCUAACAGGCAAUAAAAUAGACGAUAGUACAGCAACAUUUUUCCACGAAGUUUUAAUAAAAAAUCAAACUCUCAAAAAGCUUAGAUUGAAUCACAAUCGAUUUGAAGAAUCUGCAGCAGUGUUUUUUAAAGGAGCACUAAUGGAAAACGAAUCUCUGGAAGUUCUAGAUUUGAGUUGGAACCAUUUUGGAACGAGAGGUGCCGUCUUACUUGCCGAGGGUCUUCAGGUAAGCACCAAAAUCUCCUACUGUUAUUUUUUAGUCUAA